CGCGAGAAGAGUGGGUGGCGCGAAUUAACAAGGAGUUUCAGAUACACAGCGCUCACUAGCUAGUGGACGUUUCUUCGGCAAUCUUGAUCUGUUCUGUGUGAAACGCUUAUAACGUUACAUUUUACUUUUUAGUUACAGUAUACAGGUCGUUUUGUGACGGAGAAGUAUGUCGGACGCUUUGUCUGAUGCCGGCAGCGACGUCAACCAAGAUGACACCCAGGAGGAUGUAAUGACCCCGGCGGAGCUGAUAGCCAGACUGGAAGAAGCUUGGCUGAAUGAGAAGUUCUCCCCGGAGCUGCUGGAGAACAAAUCAGAGGUGGUGGAGUGUGUUAUGGAGCAGCUGAGCCACAUGGAAGCCAACCUGCAGCGGGUGAAGAAAGGCGACGCGAAGGCCAGCAUCCAUCGCAUGGAGAUAGACCGGAUCCGCUUCGUCCUCAGCAGCUACCUGCGCUCUCGUCUGCAGAAGAUUGAGAAGUUUUUCCCGCACGUCUUGGAGAGAGAGAAGUCUCGAGGGGAGGGAGAUCCGUCGCUGCUCUCACCCGAGGAGUUUGCCUUUGCCAAAGAGUACUAUGCGAACACAGAAACCUACCUCAAGGCUGUGGCACUGAAGCGCAUGCCGCCCAACCUGCAGACGGUGGAUAUGCUCAAAGCGGUGCCUGAGCCCUGCAUGGACUCCUUUGUGUUUCUACGGGUGAAGGAGAGACAGGAAAACAUCUUGGUCGAGCCCGAAACAGACGACCAGAGAGAGUACGUGGUAGACCUGGAAGAGGGCUCUCAGCAUCUGAUGCGGUAUCGGACGAUAGCGCCGCUCGUUUCCAGCGGAGCGGUGCAGUUGAUCUGAGCGUCGGGGUCUGUCUGGUGUGGAUGUGUUUGGCUCCCGGAGGUCAGAAAAAUGAGCGGUGGCCUUUUUUUGUCACAAGGCGGUAACAUGAGGAACAUUAACCUGCAGAGAUCUAGGAACGCACCCUUCGUCCUCACUGUUUUUUGGGAUGAAGGACAAACUCUUGGGACGCUAACAGACGUUUGCGGCUGCGUGUCUUCCAGACGAGUUACUCUGGAAAACAACAACUCGUAUUGCUGAUGAAUGAACCCUGUUCACAGAGCAGCGUUCACAGGGCUGCAGGGUUAUUUUUGGGAUCUUUUUAAAUCAUGUCACAACAUAAGUUUGGUUACCAUAUCAUAAUGUAUUCUGGUGUGUUGGUGUCUGUGAGGUUGCUAAAGAAAAGUCGAUCUAAUCUGCUGA